CUGUCAACGCUAUGGAAACUGCUGUCAUGACUACAACGAUUACUGCUACGCGAACACAGCGGAUAUCCGACUAGUUGGGGGCAACAGCUCCUGCUCUGGGAGAGUGGAGAUAAAGGUCCGUGGCACCUGGGGCACUGUGUGCGAUGACAGAUGGAACAUACCUAAUGCUGAAGUGGUUUGCAGACAGAUGGGCUGUGGAUCAGCCCUGAGUGCUCCUUCCAGUGCUCAUUUUGGACAGGGCAGUGGACCAAUCUGGCUGGAUGAUGUCAGGUGCACUGGCCAUGAGUCGUCUCUCUCAGAGUGCUACCAUAGAGGCCAUGGCAUCCAUGACUGUGGCCACAGUGAAGAUGCUGGGGUAGUCUGUCAAGCCGACCAUACCUCCUGUAGGCACAACUGUGGCUAUAACGUUGGCAGCUGCUCCUGCACAAGUUCCUGUCAACGCUAUGGAAACUGCUGUCAUGACUACUACGAUUACUGCUACAGUACAUCAACAGCAGAACCAACUACAACAACCGGCUAUGACUCCUGUAGGUACAACUGUGGCUACAACGUUGGCAGCUGCUCCUGCACAAGCUCCUGUCAUUAUUAUGGAAACUGCUGUCAUGACUACAACGACUACUGCAGCACAACAACAAGUCCUGACAUCAGCGAGACAACAACCGGCCAUACCUCCUGUAGGUACAACUGUGGCUACAACUUUGGUAGCUGCUCCUGCACAAGUUCCUGUCAACGCUAUGGAAACUGCUGUCAUGACUACAACGACUACUGCAGCACAACAACAAGUCCUGACAUCAGCGAGACAACAACCGGCCAUACCUCCUGUAGGUACAACUGUGGCUACAACUUUGGUAGCUGCUCCUGCACAAGUUCCUGUCAACGCUAUGGAAACUGCUGUCAUGACUACAACGACUACUGCAGCACAACAACAAGUCCUGACAUCAGCGAGACAACAACCGACCAUACCUCCUGCAGGUACAACUGUGGCUACAACCUUGGCAGCUGCUCCUGCUCAAGUUCAUGUCGGUACAAUGGAAACUGCUGUCAUGACUACUACGAUUACUGCUACAGUACAACAACAGCAGAACCAGCUACAACAACUAACAUAACGGAUAUACGACUAGUUGGGGGCAACAGCGCCUGUUCUGGGAGAGUGGAGGUAAAGGUCCGUGGCACCUGGGGCACUGUGUGCGAUGACAUCUGGAACAUACCUAAUGCUGAAGUGGUUUGCAGACAGAUUGGCUGUGGACCAGCCCUGAGCGCUCCAGUGAUGGCUCAUUUUGGACAGGGCAGUGGACCGAUCUGGCUGGAUGAUGUCAGCUGCACUGGCAAUGAGUCGUCUCUCUCUCAGUGCAGACAUAAUGGCUAUGGCAACCAUAACUGUAACCACCAUGAAGAUGCUGGGGUAGUCUGUCAAGCCGACCAUACCUCCUGUAGGCACAACUGUGGCUACAACUUUGGCAGCUGCUCCUGCACAAGUUCCUGUCAACGCUAUGGAAACUGCUGUCAUGACUACAACGAUUACUGCUACAGUACAACAACAGCAGAACCAGCUACAACAAAUGUUAAUCCACAAUGUGGAGGGUACCUUAGUGGUUCUGGAUCUUUCUCCAGCCCCUACUAUCCAAACUACUAUCAUGACAAUGCCCACUGUGUGUGGAGGCUGUCCGCUCCCUCUGGGCAGAGGAUCUUCCUAUCAUUUUCAGACCUGGAGCUGGAGAGCUGCUGUAACUGUGACUACAUCACCGUGUAUGACGGCCCCUCUGUAGGCUACAAUCAGCUGGGUCAGCUCUGCCACCACAACUCCUCUCUGGAUACCUUCCACUCCUCCUCCAAUCACAUGACCGUGCUCUUCAAAAGCGACAGUUCAGUAGGGAGGCGUGGCUUCCGGGCAGAAUUCAUUAGCUCCCUGCCAACUGAUAAAGGCAGCGUGCAGUGUUCCUCAGACAACAUGAACAUUGUCAUUUCAAGAUCUUUCCUGAGCUCUCAGGGAUACAGUGGUCAUGAUCUUUAUAUCAAUGAUGAGCGCUGUCGGCCAACUAUCAACAGUUACCAGGUGGUGUUUAACUUCCCUCCCAACGCCUGUGGAACUGUGAGAGAGUUUGAAAGAGGUCGGGUAAUUUAUCAGAAUGCCGUGCGGGGAUAUAGAAACUGCUCUGGGGAGUUCACACGUCAGUCGGAGUUCAAGUUGUCUGUUGCCUGCCACAUGGAAGAAGACUCUGUUUCACAGAUAAUGUAUGUUGCAUCAGAGACAUCUGACUUUAACAUCACUGGAACUGGGCGUUUCAACACCACCAUGGCCUUCUUCACCUCCGGAAGUUUCUACCAGCAAAUCUAUGAGAGUCCCUACUAUGUCUCUCUUAAUGAGUACAUGUAUGUUCAAGUAAGCCUAAGGAGAGAUGACAGCAGCCUCGUCCUCUUCCUGGACACAUGUGUGGCCUCACCAAACCCACAUGACUAUGCUGACUACCGCGCCUAUUAUCUACUGGUCAAUGGGUGUCCAAGAGACGACACGUUCUCCACCCACGUGAGCGGUUCUCGGAGUUACGCACGGUUCAGCUUCCAGGCUUUUAAGUUCCUGCGGGCACACCCCUCUGUGUACUUGCAGUGCAAGGUCCUAAUCUGUCCCGCCAACGACUACAACUCCCGCUGUCGCCAGGGUUGCCGCACCCGCAAGACUCGAAGCCUGGGCUCUCAGCACCAGAUGGCCAUCAUGGUGCUGGGGCCUAUCACGCUGAAAGAUGUGGAGAAGUCUGCAGUGGAGAGGCUUGAGGACAAAGUGGCUAAGGUCGAUGCCUGAAGACACCACUAGUGUUCUCAUCAGUCCAGAAUAAUCACUAAUUCAAUCUAUCAUCAUUUCCUGCCUACAAAUCAUGUCUGUCAUGAUGGCACUCUGAUGCCUUUCUGAACAUGUCUUUCUUUCUUUCUUUUGUAUAACUUUGUGCCUCAACAAAAUUAUUAAGGCAUUCCAAAAGACAACAAGCAGAGUUGGGCAUGAUUUUUUGAGUGCUGUUCAUCCAGCUGGGCAUUAAUCAUGGAAACACUGUAUUUCGUAAUAGUUUGAUCAGUCUUCGUCAAUCUCACGCCAAUAAGCCUUGAAAGUUUGUAACCUUGAAAACCUAACUCAGCUAGCUUGUAGUAAAUUACACUGUCCAAUGUAGUAUAUUAAGCAUGUCACCAACAACAUGUUAUUAGAUUACACAUACUCCACAUUCAAACGCUUGGAAAGCAAUGCAUAUGGGCUGAAAAAAUGUAUCAUUCUUUGGUUAUGCAGUGUUCAUCUCCAAUGUCACAAUAAAUACAACUAUGCACAGUCA